AUGCUGUUGCGUGUUGUAGUCUCGAGAACGGCAGAGGUUCAAACUGAGACCUUUCAGCUUGCCGGGGACAAAACCGCCAGCCUAGCCAGUCAUUCAGAGGAAAUCAAUGUGUUCGUAAACGAUGCUUUUGAUGACCCAGCCACCAGGAGAAAAUCUAGCCUACAUGGCCGCUCGGUCAGUGUGAGUAAUCUGAGUGCGGCAUCGCAAGGCAACGGCUUACCCCACACUGCAUCGGAUCUAGCCCCGUUAACGAAGUCCAUGUCCACCGUCACCAGCCCCAAAGGGCAUAUGCUGGCGCCGCUGAAGAGCGCCGCUACUGAUACUAAGAGAGUACAGUCAUCGGAUAGCACUGGGAGAAAGGUCUUUCAAGAAAAUGGUCUGGACAAUUUCAUCGACUCUUUCAAGAAGAUCAGCGGCGGGUUCAAUUCUACUUGGAGUAAGAUCACACAGGGCCAUUCCAAAACGCCGGAGGCUAUGCGGGUCAUGCGAGAGAAGAGAAACGAGGACCAAACGGCCCAGGUUAAGAAAUGGGACACGCUACUACCGCACUUAGACGCAAAGAAAGGCGAGCGAUACGUCGUGGAAAUGGUUUAUAUGGGCGUGCCGGGGAGUGCGCGGGAAAGGAUAUGGAAGAAAGGGCUGGGCAAUUAUCUGCAGGUUACUCCAGUUCUGUACGAAGCCUUCCAGUCACACGCCCAAGAACGAGUAACUGCGCUCAAGGAGGCUCAAUUGUCUGACGAGGAAGGUGUCAAGCCCACAGUACGAGCCAUUGGGAACGAGGCAUCACUGAAGCAGAUCCACCUUGACCUCAACCGCACAUUCCCGUUACUCGAAUUUUUCCGUACUGGAGGACCGUACCACGGGAGUCUACGGCGGCUGCUGGAGACUUAUGUUUGCUAUCGACCAGAUGUUGGAUACGUUCAGGGCAUGUCCUUCUUGGCAUGCAUGUUGCUACUGAAUAUGGAUGAGGCCGAUGCCUUUGUGUGCUUCACCAAUCUGUUGAAUCGCCCGUUGCUGUCUGCGUUCUAUCAGAUGGAGCCCGCGAAGUCACAACCGUACAUCGACGCCUUUGCCUAUACCUUCCGCAAUCAUCUGCCCCGGCUCUACCAGCACAUGCGAUCUCUGCAUGUCAGCCAUCAUAUGUUCAUACACGAAUGGCUGCUUACAUGCUUUAGCAAGUCAUGCCCCCUCGAUACAGCCACGCGGGUGUGGGAUGGGUUUACGAUAUACGGUGAUGUAUUUCUCAUAAGAACUGCAGUCGGUAUUAUGAGUUUGUACAGCAAGCAAUUAUUGACCUACGAAUUCGACGAAGUUGCCCUAUUCAUGACCAAACUUCCGCAAGACAUGGACCCGGAUGCGCUCAUCCACCACAUUAGGCGAGUAAACCUCACCCCCACACGGUUGGCGGCGUUGCUCGCGAUGUUCCAGGUGCCCGCUAAAUGACCCGGCCAGUCUCUCCGGCGGCGACGAGUUUGUUGACCGCACAUUUGAUCAUGUGGAUAUAGGGCCGCAUGGGGGUGUCCCAUUUCCAACGCAUGGGUUGAUCGCGUUGGCUUCCCUGAAGUGAGUGUGUGGGUGGGUUGGCUCCCGAGGCAGGAUUUGUCACAGGUGAUAUGCGGAGCCAAGUUAGCAUUCGCGAACCAGAGCUAGCAACACGAGUAUAUUAACUCGGUAACGAUGGAAGUACUUUAUCAGAGGGGUUCCGUAUCAUUACACCGGUACUGAUUUAUCCGAUAGGGCUAUGCACUGACAACAUAGACAUCUAUGUCAAUAGUAUCUGCCGUAGGUUGAGAGGUAUUCGGUGAUUCAAAGCCUCGUUCGCGGGCUCGUGGUACACUGAAAAGAGUUUCCCUAAUGUAGGCCCAUUUUUUUGCCGCAGGUUCAGCAGCCAUGGGCUCGUGACCGCAUACCAUGCUUCCACCGUAGCUCCCCCUAGAUGUUAGUUGAUCAGUGUAAGAAGACCAAGCGCCGGAAAAUCACUGUUGUAACAUUGGGAGGCGAGUCUCUCUUAUCAAGCACUCAUGAGAUGAUAUCAAGAGGUCGUGGUGACAGGUCCCGCGUUCUGAUCAAUCGGUUGGAGUGGGAUUCAGAAUUCACUCGCGAACCUCACGGGCAGUUGCACUGGAAGACGAUUGUAGAUGCAUCAUUUACUGGCGCAUCGCAUAGCCAUCGGUCCCUGCACUAAAACUAUUCUCAGAGUGAUGUAACCUUGCCCAGUAUCCAUGAUAUUAUAAUAUAAGACAGGCUGGAUGUAGUGAUAAACACUUCACAAUGAAUGACGGCAGCGUGACGUAUAAUAGGAUCGAUAUCGAUGGCUGCGCCGUUCAUACAAUACACAGUCCUGACUAUCAGCACAUACGCGCAGACUCGCAAAUAAAUGUGAACUCAGUUGAGCAGCUUUGCCGUUGCAUACAUGUUGCUGGGAAUGACGACGGUGUUCAUCUAGAGUGAGCAGACAACAGUGGUCUAUCGUAAGGCUUCUUAUAUACUGACUAAGAGGAAAACAAAGUAACAAGCCGUUUGCUGAACAUUCUCUAUGACGCACAAUGGCUGGUAAAUAAUCAACUGAAGAUUAUCGGGUAUCACUAUCUACACCGGCUAGUAUUCAACAUACGUGAUCGUCAGUCGUGCAAAUGCGUCGAUGCCUUUGUUGAGUAUUGACGCAGGUGAGAAAUCGUUUCUCAGUUGAAAGGUGGGUCACAACUCGCAUACAAUAUCGGUCGAACCGACAGGAAGUAGUGAGAGUAAAUCGAAAAUAACGAAAUUCCAAAUACAUCUCAGAUGUAAAUAAACAACUCCCUUCCUAAUUG